AUGCCAUCCUUCUUCAAGAGCUUUCGCAAGACCUUGACGAAGUCUUCCGAGGGCAAGUCAUCGAAGCGUAGAAGCUCGAGCUCUAUUCCAGCUGCUACUGCAACAGAGCACAUUGCGAACAGCACCAUUGGUCAGGAAACGCCCGCAUCUCCUCCCACUACCGACGCUUCGAGCAGCACCUUUGGUUCCGCAUCCACCAUCUCUGCUCGAUCAGCGUUUGUCUCGGAUGAGCUUCGCCCCCAACAGAGCUUCCCGAGAACGUCUCCAGCCGAUCCGAGCAUUCCGAGCCCGAAGACAAAAAGCAGUUUUUCCCUCGACCUUGCAAAGCAGGCGGUCGACCAGAUCGUCUCCAGAGCCACCAUAUCGGUUGACUCCAUUCAAGUCCGCGAUCUGACUCCAGAUGGCUUCCAAAUCAGCCUGCGCAUCCGCGUAGGGAAAACAGGUCCCGCAAAGGCAAAGAUCUCCUUCCCCGACGGCCUCGAUCUCUACCUCAACUCUGCAGAUGACUCAAGAGUCGGAAACAUUAGCUUGUCCCCCAUCAAAAUCAGAAACGCAACUAAGACAACAGGCCUGGUCGUGGAGGGGCGGCUCACUGCCAGCUCUUCAUCAUCAGACAAGGGACUCGUCGCCCUCUUUCGUACUCUCUUGUCUUCGACCGGUGCCGUCAUUCUGAGGGUAGCGUCGUCCAACACCGAAGUCAAAGCAUACGGCAUGUCCUUCAAACGUGUUUCGAUCGAAAAGCAAGUUGGUCUUCAAGGACUCAGCAAUCUUGGCGGAGUCCUCUCCUUCGACCCUCCAUCGUCGGCGUCUUCCUCGCAUAUCCCUCAACGCAGCCGCAUCGAAGGCUUCCAACUCCUCCGUGGCGAUCCUAAUUCGGGCGUCUCAUUUGAGGCCAACGUGCAGCUGCACAAUCCAGCAGAGAUUUCUGCUCACAUUGGGGAUAUCCGCCUCCAACUGCAGACCGAUAUAGACGAGCUCAGAUCCCAAGGAGCCGAUCGGAACGCCUCCAUUGGAGAGGUCAUCCUGCCCAGCCUCUCGCUCAAGCCUGGAUCUGCCCGUGUUAGCAUCCGCGGUAGGGUGCAGGUUGCACCCGAUGGCGAUCCUGCACGCAUCGCCAGCACUACGUUGAUUCGCUAUCUCCUCGAGAACCGUUCCAUCUCGGUCAAUGUGGUUGGAUCCAACACUUCUUCCAGCGUAGCAUGGAUCGCUACGCUCUUUAAAGACGUCCGCAUCUCGGCUCUGCUCCCCGCCCUGGGCAUGAAGUCCAAGUUGGUCGACGGUGCAUCCCUGAUCUCACCUGAAGAGAUCAGUUCUCCAGCCCAGGCUCAGCUUUAUGCUCGUGCCACCCUUCGCAACCAAUUAGGACCGCCGAUCCGCAUCCACUCGCUCAAGGUGAAGGCCUUACAAGAUCUCGAGCAGGACCACAGAGGCUCGGCUUCUGCGUAUGAACCCAUCUGCCUCGGAGACAUUUGCACUCCUCCUGACUGGCCCGCACUGACGCUAGGUUCAGACAGCCCUGUCCACGCUAGUCUACCUUUCCGCUUAUCGGCGGGUGGAUCCUCAUACGUGCGCAUUCUCCAGAGUGAAGCCAAACGGCAAGGACUACAGCUCAAUUACAGCUUGCUCGCCGCACUUGAGCUUAUGCCGACAGAUGAAGGGGAGACAAAAGUGGCAUCUGCGCCGUCACAGUCGUCCAGCAAAGCCAGUUUCAAAUCAGAUGAAGUCCUCGAUCUGCCCAACCUGGUUGCCAGCGCUCUCUCGUCGCUCAAAGUCUCGGCGCAUAUUUCGGCUGAAGUGUCGAUCGGCGACUUUCGUGUUCCUGGCCUGAUCGACUUUGUUCAACACCAGCUUCCCAUCGCUAUCACGGUCAAGACAACACGAAGCAUUCUUCCGACCAUCGGUGCGCCGCUCGUUGAUGUUCUGAUCGAACAGGCAAGGGUGUCGAUCACCAAGCUGAAAAUCCUUGACAUGGAUGAAAAGGGGCUCAACGCCGAAGCGGAGAUCGGCCUGGUCGACUUUGGGCCGCUGGACAUCGAGAUUCACUUUGACCAAGGACUCAACAUCACCUCCGCAUCCUCCGAAGAGGCAAUAGAUGAGUCCGCAAUCGUUGCUCGCAUCGUCUUUGCAGAGUCUCUGCGAGGUGUUUCGGGCAGCGAGGAGAUGCUCAAGACGUGCCUACGCAUUCUACCAAGUGCUGGACCGAAGAGCAUCGUCAAGUUCUCGGCCUUCGUCUCCGAGCUUAUUCAGAAUCAAGAGCUACCGAUUCGUCUUUCCUCGAACGCUUGCCGAGUCCUGGCGGGUGGAGCCGAAUUUCCAGCCGCACUGACCAAAUCGGUCACUUUACCCGGACUCGGGGGCCUGAGAGGGCUCACCUUGAAGGAGUUCGAUCUUUUCGACGAGGUCGCAGCUCCAACGGGUCCAGGACGAGGCCGAGCGCUGAGCUCUGCAUCCGCAUCCAGUGGCAGCUCCGGUCACCCAAGCCCGAAAGAGAAAGCCUUUAGGAUCAGGACUCGAGUCAGUAUCCCACACAAAGGCCUUGUUGCUGUCGGUCUGUCCAAGAUUGAAGCCGGGAUCGAGUUUGAAGGCGUGCAGAUCGGCAUCAUCACUGCCGAAGACAUUGUCUUUACGCUGACGACGGCAGAUGUCGAGUUCGAAGCCAACGGCUACGUCUUUAUUGGCAGCGAAUCGCUCAAGGCAAACCAAUCGGUAGCGCAGUACAAAUCGGCUGCUCUGCAGGCAUUCGGCCGGCUUGCGACCGCGCUCUUGGCCGGAACGCCUGUCGAAUUGACCAUCAAAGGAUAUCGAGCGUUUGCCAUGGGCGAGAUGCAGCACUCGGCGCUCGGUCGAUCUCAGGUGCCUUAUCAUCUUCGCAGCAAAGCUUCUACCAAUUUUGUGCAAAGGUCGUCAUCUGCUUCAGGCCAGAGCGCCGAUCCUGCUAAGCUUUCACAAACUGGUUCUGUCAGCACGUCGGGCAGUUCAACCUUUUCGCAAAAGCAAGUGCCGUGGUUGGAUCGAGCUUUUCAACAGGUGUCGACAAAGACGUCCCUGCACCAAGGUAUGCACCCGGUCAUCAACAAUAUGCGAAUCAAGCAGCUCUUUGCCAGCUUCCGCCGUCAAGAGCCGAUGCAUGCUGAGCUUGACGAGAUCUCCUUCAAGGUCGAGGUGCCGCUCAACAUCCGCUUCGAGGUGCUGUCUGUUCAAGCCGACAUCCAGGUUCACUACGAAGGACACGGAUGCGUCGGCACUGGGGUGAUCGACACGGACGUCGAGUCGUGCAAUCCUGUCGAACAGGCGAACGGCGAUCGCAUAGGCGCAGACAGUGGCAGUUCGAGUCGUCUCGUUCGGCUUGCGCCGGGAUCGUUCAAGCUUGCCACCGAGCCUAACGAGGCACUCGCCCAGCUCAUCGCCCACAUCGCGGACUGUGAGGAGACAGACAAGAUCAGUGUUCGUGGCAAGGCUCGUGCCCGUGUCGAUGUUGCCUUUGGCGAGAUCUUUGUGGACGUAGAUCUGGGCGAGCAACCACACAUUCUGCAAAUGGACGGCGUGCGGGGGCUUCGGUCGAGCCCUGUCCAGUAUACGAAUUUGCAGGUGAUCGAGGCCUCGAGCGAUUACCUAAAGAUCAUCUUUUCGCUAUACCUCAACAAUCCGAGCAAGACCGUCCAGCUGGCGCUGCCGGACUCGGACCUCACUAUGGCUGCCUUCUACAGAGGAUCCUACGUAGGAAGGGCUCACAUUCCCAAGGGGUUCAAGCUGCAGUCCGGGCCGGUUGCGGUCCACGACAUUCACUUUCGAUACUGCCCACCGCCGGAGGUAGAGAAGGCGGUGCGUGAUAUUCCCGCCAACUUUUUGUCGGGCCGCACCACCACACUGGAGAUCCGGGGCGACGACGAAUCGAGCGAGAUCCCGAUGCUCAUACCCGCGCUAAAAAGCAUCCAGCUCUCGUUCGACCUGAAACCAAUGAUUGAUCGCACCUUGAUUGAUAGCAUCUCGAUUACACUGGGCGUCACUGCUCUGACCGCCGCUUCGGUCGACGCAGAGUUUGUCGUUAACAAUCCACUAGGUGUUCCCUUUGAUCUGUGCGCCAUGUCGUUCAUGGCCUCGUACGAGGGCAAGCCUUUUGGCAGCUGCACGGUCACUUACGAACCGAAUCACCCAUUGCGAGUGCCGGCGGGCAGCGUCAAGCAGCCGGGUCAGCAACGCAGCUCUCCCGUGACGGUCGCUUUGGCGCAACCGCUCGAGCAAAUGGUGGGUGCCUUUCUCAAGAGCAAAGGGCAGAUCAUGCUCGACUUGGAGGUUGCGGCCAGAGUCGAGAUUCAAGGCUUCCAGAUUCCCAAUUUCGAUUAUCGACAGCCGUCCCUGCCGCUCACCAUCAAGGGGUUGGAGGGCCUGUCCAAGUGGAUGAAGUUCCUGCCUUGA